GCUUUUGUUCUAGGAUCUAUCUGGACACAUUUAGGAAAAUAAGCUUGUUAUUAUGUAUUAAAGUAAAUAUUUUUUCACUCCAAGCGUGGGAGCUGGAACUCUAGGACUUGAAGGCAAGAGAACAUAUCUCAGCAAGGAUCUAUUCAAUUUCUCCAAAGCUUUCUUCAUAUCCAUCAACUGAACACCAUGACGGAUAUUACAGAGACUUUCAGUCCAUUUGAAUGUAAUGGGGAUACACCACCUGAAAGCAGUCAACAAACACUCACUAAAAUCAACGAAGAAGUCAGUGAUGUGGAUGGCAGCCCACCAUACUACAAGGAAGAACCUAAUCCAGAAGAUUUAUCCCCAGAAGUAAAUCAGGAAGAAAUUGAAAAGUUACAAGAUAAUAUGCAUCUCAAAUUGUCCAUGGAGGAGAAGAUUCUAGAAGAAAAACCAGAAGAGAACCUCUUUAUUGUUCAUAAGGCCAUUACAGAUCUUAAUCUUCAAGAAAUGAAUGUUGAUGAAAAGCCAUUUAGAGAAGGGAAUCAGUGGGAGAAGAUUCCUCUGACUGGGAGUAUCCAGGAAAUAGAUAGACAAAAAGAAAGGAUUAUUGAACAAACUUUAGAAGAGAGAGAAGAUGAGGACAAGACCAAAGUUUCCCAGGAAGCUGAAAUUGAAUGGCUGGGGUUUCAGAAAUCUCAUCAGAUCAACAUACUGAGUUCUAAAUAUGAUGAGGAACAAGAGGUUUGGGAUGAAGAAAUUAAUAAUGAAAAUGAUGAUAAUAAUGAUGAAGAUGAAGAUGAAGUCCGAGAGAUAGAAUUUAAGAAAAAAAGUGAAGCCAGUUCUCAAUUAAAAGAAAUUGAUGCAAGUGAGGAUUCCCCACUCAGUAGCCCCAGUUCUCAACCUGUGACACCUGAUGAGCAGCCUACUUUGGUGAAGAAAAGUGAUAUCUCCAGAAAUUCCUACUCAAGAUACAAUACAAUAUCCUACCGGAAAAUCAGAAAGGGGAAUACAAAGCAAAGAAUUGAUGAAUUCGAGUCUAUGAUGAAUUUAUAAACUAAUUGGAACUGAGAGGUUCUCAUGCCCACUAAAGCAAGCUAAUUCUAUUUUCCUGAGAUUCAUCGUCAUAUGCCUUGUUUGAGUCAUCCCAUUUAUGAGAGUGGAUGCUCACUGUUUAACUAUAGAAUAAUGUGGAAAUAACCCUAGAUGAAAUUCAAUAUGGUAACUUCAAAUCAAAAAAAUCUUUAGAUUCAUUUCUAUGCAUUCACUAAUAUGUGUGAUAAGCACUAAACAACCAGCAUCACUGGGAAAUCUGGCAUUAUUUGUCUUUACAGUAGUAAUGCUGGGAAGUGUAGCUGUCAAAUGAAAAAAAGGAAUAUUUGAAAUUAUUUCUGUA